AUGGAUGUUACAAUCUCAAACCGAGAAGAGGAUGCAGCUGUCACACCUCCGCGAACUGCAAGGAAGCCUCCCCAAACAGUUCCUGUUGAUAUUAAACCUCCAUCUGAAAGUGAUCCAGAGGACUCAACUAACGCUUUACUCCCAAGGAAGCUAAAAAGAAGAGAUCCAAGGCCGGGAGUGCUUAUCACAAGCCCGAUCACUGAGCCCAUUUCUAUGGAUCAGGAUUUUCAAAGCCCGAUUGUUGAAGAAGAAGUCAUACCUUCAGAAGGAGCUCAAGCUUUAGGAAGCUCAUUUGAAACACCCGAGCUGGACAUCUCCAAAGGCAAAAGCAAGUUGCUUGAAUCUGAAUUUGUUGAUGAUAUUCGAAUCAGCGAGCUUGAGAAAGAGAACUCUAAUAAAGAUUCAAAGAUCUCAGAGCUUCAAGCGAAUCUCGGUGGUUUAACUGCUCUAUUCUUUGAUCUGAAACAACGCCUAUUUCAGAAGUUUGGUGAUGAAUUUCAACCCUUGAGCGCUGAAGGAGAAAAUAUCACCGCUUCUAGUUCAGGUCCCGCCAAUCUAACUUCUCAAUCUUCAAGUGAAAGAGCUACAAUACCUGCUCUAGAUGCUAACCUUGAUACAUUCUUAUCUUCUGCUUCUCUUUCUGCUCAAGAAAGAAGAGAGAAGCAAAUUAGGGUUGAGCAGCUGAAAGGGAAAAUGCUCGUGAUGAAGAAUUCAAAUCAAAAUGCUCCGGGUGAGUUGGAAGGGUUUGCUGAUGAGAUUGGUGAUAAGGGUGUUGGCUCUGCUUGUUGUGGUGAUUCAAAUGUAAUGGUCAUUUGUGGGGGCAUAUAA